AUGAAGGGUUUCAGACAGAGAGUGCUAUCGCGAGCCAAAGACUCCAACAAGUCCUCUAAGAAGAAAGAUUCGAAUAAUUCCGGGACUGCCUCUCCGCUCUCCUCUGCCGCUACUGGAGACUCGAGAUCGCCCAGCAAUUCUACCACCGCAACGCCUACGUCUUCCACAACGAAUGUCUCCGACAUAAGAGGGAAGGGCCCAUCCAAUGAGGCCGGGCAAAAUCAUCAUGCGAAUGCCGCUCACCAUACCAGUCCGAGUAACCUACCUUUCAAUGCGGUUCCUGCUGGCGGCGCCGGUGGACCAGCGACGCCGGGCAGAGGCCCUGGGCAGUUAACCCCGAGCGUCGUUAUCAGCCCGAGUGCUCCUCAUGUUCCCGGUCCAGGUGCUACCGAGACAAUGCCUCACGAUCUCGCUCCACCCAAAGCUGGUCAGAAAUCGCUGCUCUUCGACCGGUUACAGCAGACCCCCAAAGAUGUGCCUGAGGGUAUCCGCACUCCCAAGCGGCAACACUCAUCCAGAUUUGAUGUUUCCGACCAAAAGGCAAGAGAUUUGGAGAAGUUGCCCGGUUUCCACGAAGUUCCUCCCAACCGCAGGCAGGAGCUGUUCAUGCAGAAGAUCGACCAGUGCAACAUCAUCUUUGACUUCAAUGACCAGACUGCCGACAUGAAGUCGAAGGAAAUCAAACGCCUCGCCCUGCAUGAGCUACUGGAUUACGUUGCGAACAACCGAUCUGUCAUCACUGAGCCUAUGUAUCCCAAGGUGGUGGAAAUGUUCAGCAAAAAUCUUUUUAGGCCUGUGCCUCCGCCGGUAAAUCCACAAGGCGACGCUUUCGAUCCCGAAGAAGAUGAACCUGUCCUCGAGGUAGCAUGGCCUCACAUCCAAGUCGUUUAUGAAUUCUUUCUACGCUUCAUCGAGUCACAGGACUUCAACACGAACAUCGCCAAGGCUUACAUAGACCACCAAUUCGUUCUGCAAUUACUCGAGCUUUUUGACUCCGAGGAUCCACGGGAGCGAGACUUCCUCAAGACAACCCUUCACCGUAUUUAUGGCAAGUUCCUGAACUUGCGGUCUUACAUCCGAAGGUCCAUCAACAACGUCUUCUUCCAAUUCAUCUACGAAACCGAGAGAUUCAACGGCAUUGCUGAGCUGUUGGAGAUCCUUGGUUCCAUCAUUAAUGGCUUCGCGCUACCUCUGAAAGAAGAGCACAAACUCUUUCUGACUCGAGUACUCCUUCCUAUGCACAAGGUCAAGAGUCUGAGCAUGUAUCACCCGCAGCUCGCAUAUUGCAUCGUGCAGUUCCUCGAAAAGGACUCUGCUCUGACUGAAGAGGUGGUGCUUGGGUUACUCCGGUAUUGGCCCAAAGUCAACAGCACGAAAGAAGUCAUGUUUCUCAACGAGGUUGAAGACAUCUUCGAGGUGAUGGAUCCCGCCGAAUUUGCCAAAGUUCAAGAACCAUUGUUCAAUCAACUGGCCAAGUCUGUUGCCAGCCCUCACUUUCAGGUUGCUGAACGUGCCCUCUACUUCUGGAACAACGAGUACUUCUGCAAUCUUGUUAGCGAUAAUGUCGAGACCAUCCUUCCUAUCAUGUUUGCUCCUUUGUACGAGAAUUCCAAAGGCCACUGGAACAGAACUAUACAUGGAAUGGUCUAUAACGCCAUGAAGCUCUUCAUGGAGAUCAACCCUCAGCUAUUCGAUGAUUGCUCUCACGAUUACAAUGAGCUGCAAAACAGCGCAGACAAGCGAGAACAGGCUAGAAAAGCAAAAUGGGACAAGCUGGAUGAGCAAGCAACGAAGAUGAAAGCGGGCGUGGGGUUGGCGCCGCCCAAGCCCAAAGCCGACACGGAUGCCACGCAAGAUAGCCAACAGCGCCUGGAUGCGCUGAAGCUGCAUGACGAGUCUACGGCGGUCAAACAGACUUCGGUGAGUCUUCCUCUGGGUGCAUGA